AGUGUUACCACGUGGGGGACAUUUUUUUGCAGAGGUAGCAAAACAUCCGCAGUGGCGCUUCGAUGGUCUGUCAGUGAGCAUGAGAAUAACUUCAACGUUUAUUUUGAACGUUACAAAAAUCUCAAGAAAGAACAGCAAAGGUUUCGGUCCGAGGGUGACUUUUUCCAGACCAUGCCCCACGACCCCGACACUCCUCCGGCGAAGAAAUUCAAGCCGGGGUCUGUUUUUUUCCGACUCGAUAGGAAUAAACCUGGAAUGCUGCUGCCUAGAAAGGGAAAUCCCAGCACUCCAAUAGAAGUCCAGAGGAAGCAGCUUCCAAUAUACCAGGCGAAACCUCAGCUGCUGAACCAGCUGAGACAGCUUCACAAUGCUAUUCUCAUCGGGGAGACUGGCUCUGGGAAGACCACUCAGAUCCCCCAGUAUCUGUAUGAGGCCGGCAUCGGGCGGCAGGGCAUCGUUGCCAUCACUCAACCUCGCAGGGUCGCUGCAAUCUCUCUGGCAGGAAGGGUGGCGGAGGAGAAGAGGACCCAGCUCGGCAAACUGGUUGGGUACACGGUGCGCUUCGAGGACGUCACCUCCUCGGAGACCAAGCUGAAGUUCAUGACCGAUGGGAUGCUCCUGCGCGAGGCCAUCGGUGACCCCCUGCUGCAGCGCUACACCGUGGUGGUCCUGGACGAAGCCCACGAGCGCACCGUGCACACGGACGUCCUGUUCGGCGUGGUUAAGACUGCUCAGCGCAGGCGCAAAGAGCUGAACAAGAUUCCCCUGAAGGUCAUAGUGAUGUCAGCCACAAUGGAUGUGGAUUUGUUCUCCGAGUACUUCAACAAGUCACCUGUGCUUUACCUGGAGGGCAGGCAGCAUCCCAUCCAGAUCUACUACACCAAGCACCCCCAGUCCGACUACCUGCAGGCUGCGCUCGUCUCCAUCUUCCAGAUCCAUCAGGAGGCCCCUCCGUCCCAUGAUAUCUUGGUCUUCAUGACGGGUCAGGAGGAGAUCGAGGCUCUGGCGAGGACAUGUCGGGACAUCGGCAAGCAUCUGCCAGACGGCUGCGGCCCCAUGCUGGUUAUCCCUUUGUACGCAUCGUUGCCCCCGGCACAGCAGCUCAGGGUCUUCCAGUCGGCUCCUAAGGGAUGUAGGAAGGUCAUCCUCUCCACUAACAUUGCCGAGACGUCAGUCACAAUCUCUGGGAUCAAAUUCGUCAUAGACACGGGGAUGGUGAAGGCCAAGCGCUUCAACCCUGACAGCGGCCUCGAGGUGCUGGCCGUGCAGCGGGUCUCUAAAGCCCAGGCGUGGCAGCGAGCGGGCCGGGCCGGCAGGGAGGAUUCCGGCUCCUGCUACCGCCUCUACACCGAGCAGCAGUUCGACAACCUCAUCCCCAUGACGGUGCCAGAGAUCCAGAGGUGCAACCUUGCCGGCGUGAUGCUGCAGCUCAUGGCUCUGGGGAUUCCAGACGUGAUGAAUUUUGACUUCAUGUCCAAGCCCUCGCCCGAGGCUGUCCGUUCGGCUUUGGAGCAUCUGGAGCUGCUGGGAGCCUUGGAGAAGAAGGAGGGGCAGGUUUUCCUCACCGCUCUGGGAAAAAAGAUGGCGAGCUUCCCUCUGGAGCCCAGAUAUGCAAAGACCAUCCUGCUGUCGCCAGACUUCUCCUGCGCUGAGGAGAUUUUGAGCAUCGUAUCUCUGCUGUCGGUGGACACAGUGUUGUUCAACCCUCCCGCCCGGAGGGAGGAGGUGCUCGCCGCACGCAAGAAGUUCUGCUCCAGCGAAGGAGACCACGUGACGCUGCUCAACAUUUACAGGACUUUCAAGAAAGUCAGCGGUAACAAGGAGUGGUGUCGGGAAAACUUUGUCAACAGCAGGAACAUGGGUCUGGUGAAAGAGGUCCAGGCUCAACUCAAAGACAUCUGCCUUAAGCUCAACGUGAAGCUGGAGUCGUGUGGGUCGGACACAGGGAGCCUACGCCGCUGCCUUGCCCACGGGAUGUUCGUCAACGCCGCCGAGCUGCAGCCCGACGGCAGCUACUUGGCUCUGGACACCCGUCAGCCCGUGGCUAUCCACCCAUCCUCCGUCCUGUUCCAGGCCAAGCCUGCGUACGUGGUCUUCAACGAGCUGCUGCACACGUCCCGCUGCUACAUGAGGGAUCUGUGCCUGGUGGACCCCGACUGGCUCCUGGAUGCAGCGCCUGAGUACUUUGGCCGCAAACUCCACCCCAGCAAGAGCUAACCAAUGGAGAGACGGGUCUGGAGUGAGCGCCGUCCCGUCCUUAAAUCUCCCAGUGGGGAUGAAGCUGGAAUAUGUCUUCUCGUCACAUAAGAUGGAAUUGAAUGAGACGCUCAUCGAUUUAAUGUGCAUAUCGCAACUUAACACUUUUCUGAAUAGUUUUCCUCUCUGGAUCUCACUACCUGCCUGCUGAUGAGCGUUUGACACGCAUCCGUGCAGCAGAGAUCUAUGUAUCGACGCCUCACAACUUUGACUCCCCUUAAGACUGUAAUUCUGAUUUCCUGAAGAAAAAAAAUGCAUCAAUUUUUACAACAUUUGCCUGCAUUUUAACUGCAUGGAUGACCUCACCUGAGCUUUGCCUGAGAUGAUUUAUCUAAGAUAAACUGUUAUCUUAGGCGAUAACUGUCUUCGAAAUGUUAGCUUCUCAGAAGCCCAAGUACAGCAGUCUUUAGCUUUUAAGUGGUCUUAAAGGUUUUUAUAUAUGAAAAGACAGUAGAUUUGUCUUAAUCUCUGAGUUUAUAUAAAUAUAAGAAAAUAUGGAAAUUGCCAAAGUUGAAGUUUGAAUAUUGAGUUUUUGUUUUUUUUAAUGACCCACUGACGAGUACAUUUUUCAUAAUUACUCUUCACUCGUCUUGUCAACUUGUGCAUGCCUUCUUUUUCUAGCGAUAGCACCACCAUGUCCUCAGGCAAAUGCACAGGAGGAGAAGCAGCAUGCCUAUACUGAUAACAUAUGUAUGCAAUGCAUGGAGACUAUUGUCAACGAUCUGAUCCCUCAGGUCUUUCAUACUUUGUAGAAUGAUACUCUUGCUAUGUUUAGCAAUAAAAAAAUAAUUAUUUUACACUGGACUCAGGACAAUAUUUAACUCUAACCUGAAUAAAUGGCUAUUUCUAAUUGUAAAAAUUGCCAAAUGCAUCUAGGGUAGAGACUUAUGUUACAAAGAGGUUGGAUGUUAAGUUCUAUGUUGCUCAUUUUCUUAAGAUUUUUUUCACAAAGGAAAAGCAAACCAUUUAAGAUGUGCAUGUAGUAAAAUUUGUAAGAUUAUGCUAGCAUUUGAUAGUUUAUAACAAUUGUGUUUACAAAGUCUUGCAUUGCAGCCACUGUCCCACAGAACAACUCUGCAUGAGGGAGUAAAUGUUUAAAGGAAUUCUCCACUAUUUUGCUUUAAUGCAAUGAUAUCUGUUAGUGUCUGUUAAAGGGCCUCUGUAUUAUCAUCUGAUCUGGAAACAUUCAAAUAAACGUUUGAAUUGUUAUAGAAAA